UUGCGUGCAGGAAGUUUGUCUCUUGCGAGGCACCAUCCUCGGUACCCUUUCCCUAAUCGCAUAGCGAGUUUUUCCCUUUAACUUUGAAUGUUUUUACGUUUUAAAUUCAGUGCUUUUGUUUCACAAUCGUCUUAGUCUUCUUAGUUCUACUCCGUGUGUAAGUGGCACGAUGUUCACGUCUACCGGUUCGUGGGGAUUGUAUAAAGCACCCCUGUCUAAGAGCUUACUACUGGUUCCUACUGCCCUCACUGUGCUUCUGACUGUAGUUCUGCAUCAGUACCAGGACAUGUUCAUAUACAACCUCCAAGCUGUCAAGCAGGGCAAGCAGCUCUGGAGGCUGGUGAGUGGACGGCUUAUCUGCCUGGACCUAAAAGAUGCUUUCUGCAGCAGUUUGCUUAUCUACAAUUUCCGUGUAUUUGAGAGGAGGUUUGGGAGCCAAAAGUUUUCUUCCUUCCUCUUCGGAACCUGGAUUCUCUCUGCGUUUGUGGACUUCCUGCUGACAGAGGCUCUUCGCUUCCUGUUUGAACUUCAGGUGGAUGUGCUUCCAGCUGGACUGCUUGGCCCAGUCUUUGCCUUCUUUGUGCCUUUCUAUAGCUCUAUCCCCCGUGUUGAGGUCACUCAGCUGCUUGGCCACAUCACGAUAACAAACAAGUCUCUGACAUACAUAGUGGGUGCACAGCUUCUGACCUCAGGUGCCUACAUGUGGGUUGUUGCCUGUAGUGGAUUGAUUGCAGGCUUGUUGUAUUACAAUAAUAAGUUGGCCCAAAGGUUCUUGCGAGUGCCAGGAUGGUUGGCCAAAUGUGGAACGGUGCUUCUAGAGCCUGUCUUCUCAGAAUCUGAGCCCACUACAGAGGCCCCAGUGGGGAUGGGAGCAACACUGGACAUCCAGAGACAGCAAAGGAUGGACUUGCUUGACCAGCAACUGCUCCUGUCUCAGUUUUCCCACCUCAGGAGAAACGCCCAGCAGCACCAGCAGCCUCAGCAGACCGGUCUUCUGAACUGGAACAGAUUCUUCCCCUCUCUAAGGCACAGAGGACAGAACCGCCACCAUGGGGGUCCACAACAGCCCCCCUACACACAUCCACUGGAUAACACACCUGCGGCUGAGGAGCAGGUUGCAAGAUUGAUGGAGAUGGGUUUCUCAAGGAUGGAUGCCCAAGAAGCUCUAAGAGCAUCCAAUAAUGACAUUAACAUGGCAACAAACGUCUUGCUUCAGCACUAAGACAAAAUAAAAAGAGGACGAGGAGAAUGAGACAAGACAUUAACUUCUUUAAGAUGUACUUCGCCAAGAACAAAACAUUGGAAAAGAACUGCAAAAGAACAGAACACAGGUACCAAGACUACACCUCUGUGGAAGAACUUAAGAGCACUCGUAUUGGAACUCUCAGGAGCUGAUGAUUUCAGUUCCUUUCUGUUUGCUCAUGGACUGGCUAGUGUGGAGUUCUUGCUGCAGUUCUUGCAGUGAUUCUUGGAGUUUACGUGAGUUUCAGAAAUUGCAACCAUCUGGUCCACAGGACAGAGCAAACACGGCAGAGGAUCAUGCAUUCGUGUAUUAGGGCUUUUGUCAUCCGUCAUCGUCCUUGAACCCAUAUGCUGGAAUAAUUAAGAAACAUAUAAUAUAUUGAUAAUUUAUGGAGACAUCCACUGGGUGUGUGCUAUAAAUAAACUGAAUAUAAGUCUUAUGGAAUAAUUCACCCAAAAUGUUUAAUUCUGUCAUCAGUUCUGUGGAACACAAAAGAAGAUGUCUAGCAGAUGUCUACCAGUCCUGGCUGCUCUUUUCCAUAAAAUGAAGGUAGACAGGUACCAGUUGCUGUCAAGCUAUAGAAAGGACAAAAAAUUACCAUUAAAUAAAAAGAUAAUCUUCUCCUCCGCCAUAGCUUUCAAGCUUUAUUUGCAAUAUUCUUAUUUAAAACUCAGCUCAAGACAAGUUGUGCCAGGUUUGACAUCAAUAACGUCAAACAUAAUUUGGAUGUACAUGUGUUGUAACCGGUUGCAACUGAGUGUGUAUUAUAUGAGAGCUACAGCUGUGGGCAAGAUUUUCUGUGAAUAACUAAUUAAGUUGUUUUUUUUUUUUGUUUUUUUUUACUCAAAAUUAUCAUAUGACUUCAGAAGACUUGGAACAUAGC